GAUUGCAGACCCUCACCAUCCAUUCGAUCAUCACCGACGCAAGCGAUCUAGCCGUUGGCGCAAUAUUGUUACAAGACUUCGGCGAAGGCCUCCAACCCAUCGCGUACGAGUCACGAAAGCUGAACCCGGCCGAGCGAAAUCAUCCUGUCCACGAUAAGGAGUUACUUGCCAUCGUUCACAAUUUCAAAGUCUGGCGCUGCUACCUGAAGGGCGCUGACAUAACAGUCCGAACAGACCACAAGUCAUUACAGUUCAUCCGCGCCCAACCGAUACUGAAUCCCCGACAGAUUCGUUGCCUCGACUAUCUCGAGUCCAAUUUCCACUACAAAGUCACUUACAAGCGAGGGGUCAGCAACAUCGCCGACGUACUAACCCGCCCCUCGGUCCACACCGCCGAGGCACAUGACUCGAAUUUCUCGGGUCAGUACGGCAUCGACAAAACCGUCAAUUUACUAAGCCGUAAUUAUUACUGGCCCGAUUUGCCGACAAACGUGCAGCUGUACGUCACCUCUUGCGACACGUGUCAACGCAUGAAGUCUUCCCGGCUUCGACCUACUGGAUUGCUGCAGCCACUCGAGCCACCCAGCCGAACCUGGCAACAAGUGACGAUGGAUUUCGUCACUGGCCUGCCAGCUGGUCCAAGCGGUAACGACGCGAUUCUCGUCGUCAUUGUUCGAUUGACCAAAAUGGCCCAUUUCGCCGCCUGCAAAACGACGAUUACUGCCGAGCAGACAGCGAAACUGUUCCUCACGAACAUCGUGCGACUACGCGGCGUUUCCUCGGCAAUCAUCAGCGAUCGUUACUCACGGUUCACGUCCAACUUCUGGACAAAAACCUGGCAGCAUUACGGCACACGUCUGCAUCUGUCCACGGCGUACCACCCGCAAUCGGACGGCCAGACUGAGCGCACCAAUCAGACAAUGGAGCAGCUGAUUCGUACGACGUGCACAGACCCCGCCCAAUGGGAAGACGCCAUUUCCUUGAUCGAGUUUGCGUACAACAAUGCCCCAUCGGCCACGACUACUCAGUCCCCGUUCUUCCUUAAUCACGGGAUAGAUCCGACAACCCUUCUAUCGCCCCCGAUAGAAAAUCCGGCACCAAGAUCGCAGCAGUUUGUCAAAAAUCUCCGACAGUCCCAGCAAAAAGCUACCGAUGCCAUCCUCAAAGCCAACCAGAGGGCUAAGCAACAAGCUGACCGACAACGCCGAGGCUUAGCAUUUGCCCCUAGGCAAUUGGUCAUGCUCGACACCAGAAAUUUGGGAAUUCCCCUCCCAAAUAAAUUACGACCAAGAUUUUGCGGCCCAUUCUGUAUCAUCCAGAUGGAAAUGUCAAAGUGAGAACGAAUGAUUACUAGAAGUGG